UGUGUCAGAGUUUAAACGACACUCUAUCAGACUCCUGAUCACAGCCGUGUGUCUGUGAGAGACCAGACGAUGGAUCAUUCACCGACCAACAGAAAGACAGACAACUGUACUGAUGGGAGUUAUAAACUACUGAAGGAACAGCGCUGUGAGUCCAUAAACAGUGAUCAUUCGAUGGAUCCUCCACGGAACUUCAGAGAGUCUGACUGUAGUCCUGAUGUGAGGGCCCAAGAGACGAGAUCAAACUCAGAGGUUUGGCCUGGACAAAGGUCUGUGAAGCGCUUGGACACAAUAUUCACGGAGCUUGAACACAAAGUCAUCACUUUAGUGAAGAAUGAGCUGAAGAAGUUCAAGACAUUUCUGAGGGCAGAUUACCCAGCAUGCCCUGAGAGGAAGGAGGAGGAUGAGGAGGGUGAGAGGAGUGUCAGACAGGGGGCGCUGAAGAUCACACUGCACGUCCUGAGGACCAUGAAACACACACACCUGGCUGACACACUGGAAACAGAACUGGCUCCUGUGUCUCGAAGUGAAUUCAAAACAAGACUGAAGAAGAAAUUUGAAUGUUUAUCUGAAGGAUUAGCAAAGCAAGGAAACUCCACCCUUCUCAGUGAGAUCUACACAGAGCUCUACAUCACAGAGGGUGGAAGUGGAGAGGUCAAUGAUGAACAUGAGGUCAGACAGAUUGAGACAGCAUCCAGGAGACCAGCAACAGCAGAGACACCAAUACAAUGCAAUAACAUCUUUAAACCCUUACCUGGACAAGACAAACCCAUCAGAACUGUGCUGACAAAGGGAGUUGCUGGCAUUGGAAAAACCGUUUCUGUGCAGAAGUUCAUUCUGGACUGGGCUGAAGGAAAAGCCAAUCAUGAUGUCCACUUCAUAUUUCCACUUCCUUUUCGGGAACUGAAUUUGAUGAAGGAGAAAAAACUAAGUCUGAUGGGUCUUCUUCAUCAGUUUUUCACAGAAAUGAAAAAACUAAGAGUCAGUGACUAUGAGAGGUACAAAGUCAUGUUCAUCUUUGAUGGUUUGGAUGAGUGUCGACUUCCCCUGGAUUUCCACAACAAUGAGAUCGUGUGUGACAUAACAGAACAAACCUCACUGGAUGUCCUGCUGACAAACCUCAUCAAGGGAAAUCUGCUUCCCUCUGCUCUCCUCUGGAUCACCUCCCGACCAGCAGCGGCCAAUCACAUCCCUCCUGAGUGUGUUGACCAGGUGACAGAGGUACGAGGGUUUAAUGACCCUCAGAAGGAGGAGUACUUCAGGAAGAGAAUCAGAGAUCAGAACCUGGCCGACAGAAUCAUCUCACACAUCAAGUCAUCAAGGAGCCUCUACAUCAUGUGUCACAUACCAGUCUUCUGUUGGAUUUCAGCCACUGUUCUAGAGACAAUGUUGGGCGAAGCAGAGAGUGGAGAGAUCCCAAAGACUCUGACUCAAAUGUACACACACUUCCUGAUCUUUCAGACCAAACAGAGGAAUCAGAAGUAUGAAGGACAUUAUGAGAUGGAUGCACACUGGAAUAAAGAGAGCAUUCUGUCACUGGGAAAACUGGCUUUUCAUCAGUUGGAAAAAGGCAACCUGAUCUUCUAUGAGGAAGACCUGAGAGAGUGUGGCAUUGAUGUGAGAGAAGCAUCAGUGUACUCAGGAGUGUGCACCCAGAUCUUUAGAGAGGAGUUUGGGCUGUACCAGAGGAAGGUGUACUGCUUUACUCAUCUGAGCAUUCAGGAGUUUCUGGCUGCUUUGUAUGUGGUUCUGUCCUUCAGUAACAGAACAAAUAACACAGAGCAGAUUCAGAGCACAGAACUUUUCAGCCUCUUUACCAAGACAACAAUGUCAGACCUCCUCAAGAGUGCAGUGGACAGGGCCUUACAGAGUGAGAAUGGACACCUGGACCUUUUCCUCCGCUUCCUUCUGGGUCUCUCACUGGAGUCCAAUCAGACACUCUUACGAGGCCUACUGACACAGACAGGAAUCAGCUCCCAGAGCAAAGAGGAAACAGUGAAGUACAUCAAGGAGAAGAUUAGGGAGAAUCCCUCUCCAGAGAAAUCCAUCAAUCUGUUCCACUGUCUGAAUGAACUCAAUGACCAUUCUUUAGUGGAGGAGGUGCAAACUUAUCUGACUUCAGGAGACCUGUCAAGAACUGAGCUCUCUUCUGCCCAGUGGUCAGCUCUGGUCUUUGUGUUGCUGACCUCAGAGGCAAACCUGGAUGUGUUUACUCUUGAAAAGUAUGCCUCAUCAGAUGAAUGUCUUCUGAGACUGCUACCGGUGGUCAGGGCAUCUAGGAGAGCUGUGCUGUGUAGCUGUAAUCUGACCGAGACAAGCUGUUUAGCGCUCACCUCAGUUCUCAGCUCAAAUUCCUCCAGUCUGAGAGAACUGGACCUGAGUGAUAACGAUCUUCAGGAUCCAGGAGUGAAACUGCUCUCUGCUGCACUGGAGAAUCCACAGUGUAAACUGGAGAAACUGGGGGUGAAUAAAUGUAAUCUGACAGAGAGAAGUUGCUCAACACUAGCCUCAGUUCUCAGUUCAGACUCCUGCAGUCUGAGAGAACUGAACCUGAGUGACAAUAAUCUACAGGAUUCAGGAGUGAAGCUGCUCUCUGCUGGACUGGAGAAUCCACACAGUAAACUGGAGACACUUAAGUUGUGGGGUUGUCAGCUCACAAGCUGUACCUGUAUAACCCUGGCCUCAGUUCUCAGCUCACAUUCCUUAAGCCUAAGAGAGCUGGACCUGAGUGAUAAUGAUUUGGGGGAUGCCGGGGUGAAGGAGCUUGCCACUGGUCUGGAGAGUCCACAGUGUGAACUGGAGAUAAUGUGGCUGUGUAACUGCAGUAUAACAGAGGAAGGCUGUGCUGCUCUGGCAUCAGCCCUGAGAUCUAAUCCCUCACACCUGAGAGAGCUGGAUCUGAGCAGUAAUAAACCAGGAAACUCAGGAGUGAAGGUGCUCACUGCUCUACUGGAUGAUCCACACUUUAAACUGGAGAAACUAGAGUGAGU